UCGGAGCCGCGUGCGUGACGUAACUUCGGUUUUUGUGAUCUUUCAUCAGUAACGUUCCACCGGUCGACUUUAUAUUGAAAAGUUAAGUUUAGUGAAGACAGCGAGGUUUUUAAUUUUUAAAUCUUAUUACUAUCUAAAGGCCAAUAAUGGUGGAACAACAGAAACAACGUAUUGAGUUGGAAUUGUCCCAGCGCGUAGAUGAUCUGGAUCGUACAAUCUUGCGUAAGAUGCAGGCAGAGAUGCAUGAAUGCGCAGCCAAAUGUUGCAGGGACAUCGGAUCAAGUAUGGAUUCGGUGCAACGCUGUGUGGAGCAUUGCUCGGUGCCGGUGCAACGGGCGCAGCAGCAUGUCGAACAGGAGCUAGGUAAUUUUAAUAAUCGUUUACAACGUUGCGUUAUGGAUUGUAACGACACUGUGAAGGACAAAAUGGGUCCUAAACCCUCGGAAGACGACAUUUCCAAAUACACGGGGAUAUUCGAAAGAUGUGCCAUCAAAUGUGUGGAUAAGCACGUCGAACUGCUUCCGGGGUUAUUCAAAUCGAUGCACCAGGUACUGGGGAACAAUCGUUUCUGAGGGGUUUCGUUUUAAUUUUCUGGCAUCACCUUAUCCCAGUAUGGGUCUGUCAAGGCCGUUACAGUUAAUACUAGGUAUGAAAAUGUAUUCAUUUUGAAUAUAAAACAAGAUACACAUUCUCUUGGUAGAGAUGUGUUAGAUAUCCUUUCAUCAAUUUUGUUUAAUUACUUAAACAAAAAUUGUCAAUAAUAUUAUAAUAGUUGAUCGAGGCAAAAAUCGAUGUCUGAAAUACCAAAUAAAUCAAAGGAAUAUACCUUGCAGUUAAGCGCCCAUUUUCACAGCAACAUCCGAAUACAGAUAACAUCUCUACCUACAAAAUCAUUUCAAAUAUGAAACAGUUGUUAUUUUUUUGAAACUUUUA